CAAAGCCUAAAUUCUUCUCUUUGUGAAAUGUCAACCCGUCCCCUGCCUAAUUAUUUUAUUACUGAAAAGUAUUGUUUUCUUUGCGUGAAUUGUGUUAUUAAUUGCUCAAGUAAUAACUCGUUUAAGUUGUGAAUGUGAUUUAGUACAAUCCUAUGGAUGGCGGGGCAGUCGUUUUAGCAGAAACUAAAUGGAACAUGGAGCCCUAGGAGUCUGUGAGGGAUAAAGGCUUUACUAAAGCUAAAAAUGGAUCCAGCCAACAUCAAAACUGAUCCUGGAUUGUUAUCAGUUGAAUAUUACAUGAACAGACUAAUUCAAAGAGCAAUAAUUGAAGCAAAACCUCUUCUCAAAAUAUAUGAAGAAGAAUGUCAGAGGCACCCAGAUAUAAGUAUGACUGUUUCUUUCAAAGAAUUCCAAACUGCACUGCAGAAACACUGUAUGACACUUCAAACUCGUCAGCAAAGUCCAGCUGCCAAUCAAAUGAAGCCACAAGAACAACCCACAAGAUACUCAGCAUCAAACGAGUCGCUGAACCAGAGAAAGAGACGGAGAAAUUCUGACAUGCAAAGCCAAGCAUACCACAGGGCUCAGCAACCAGGGCUGGACAGGUAUAGUCCUCAGGCCAGCCAGAUGUCAAACAACCAACGGUACAGGCCGACCAGCCAACAGUCGGCUCCAAUAAAUGUCAAGACAGAAGACCCGUCGUACUCUAUGGCUCCAACAAUGCCAAGUCCAAGCUACUCAAACAGAACAACACCAGUAGCGGCCAUGCAGAGUCCAGGCUAUCCCACAAGUAGACCUCCUAGCAUACAACCUCCUGCUGAAGAAGAUCCUCCACCCGAGUUUAUAGAAAUGUCUUCAAAUCCGCCGAGGUUAUCAGGACCUUCUCAGUAUUCCAAUGUUUUCCAGACCUUAGGAGCCACUGAACAAAGUUCCGGGAGUGAUGUAAUGUGUAAAACAGAACCUAAAAAAUCUGACGGAACCAGUACGGAGCAAAGUGCGGUACAGUCUUCAUCCCCUCUUGAUAAGAGCGCCAACCUAUGUCUGGACAAUGUGUCCCCGUUGAACGUACGUUGUGUGAAGUGUAUCACCGCUCUUGUGACGUGUGCGGUCAUGCCCUGUGGACAUUGUUGUCUCUGCAGUAUUUGUGGACAAACUGUCUUGUCUUUGAAACAAGUGUGCCCAGUGUGUCGCAAAAGUAUUACUAAUGUUUUAGGAUACUCAAAUUUAAUCUAUAAUUUGUAUAGGUAGCACGAAGGUUAAAUCUGUUUGUUAUUUUAUAUAUUACACCACUUGAUAGUUUAUUGUAUAUAUGUAUUCAUGUAUUAAAAACUUAAUUGUGAUUUAUCAA